AUGUCUAACUACAACACUGACUCGACCGAAGAGCUUAGGAAUGCCAUCUUCGAGUUCAUCAUCGUCGGUGGAGGCACUGCCGGCCUGGUCGUUGCCAACCGACUGACCGAGCGAUCCGACGUUCGCGUCCUGGUGCUCGAAGCUGGCACCAACCGACUCGACGAUCCUCGCACCCAGAUCCCAGCCCUGGGACCGACAACAUAUGCAGACCAAGACUUCGACUGGGAUCUACCAACCCUACCCCAGGAACAACUACAUGACCGCUGCCUCUUUGGCACCAAGGGCCGCACACUCGGAGGGUCCUCUGUCAUCGACCAGGGAUUAGUAGUCUACCCGUCGCAGGCUGGGAUAAACACCUGGGAGCAGCUGGGCAAUCCCGGUUGGGGUUGGGAUGAUUUCGCACCAUACCUGCGCAGAUUUGAAACUGCUUGCGGGCCCUCGGAUUCCGUGCGUGACUAUUUCCCGGGCAUGCAAUAUGAUCCCGAAGCGCACGGCCAAGACGGGCCCCUGCAAGUCUCUUUCGCAAACCAGUACAUGCCCGUCCAUGCUGCCUGCUGGCAGGGCUUCCGCGAGCUGGGAUAUCCUGCCAGGGCAGAUCCCAUUCAGGGCAAAGGGAUCGGGCCAUUUUUGGCAGCUGGUGCCGUGGAUCCAGCUACACACACCCGCAGCCAUGCUGGCGCAGCUUACCUACCGGGACCUGUGCAGCGAAGACCGAAUCUGAGGGUCGUGACAGGGGUCCAUGUGGAUCGGCUAGUCCUUGAGCAAGACCGGUCCACCAGGACCGUCCAGGCUAUGGCCGUCGAAGUAUCUCACGGCAACCAGACGUACCACAUCCGGGUCAACAACGAGGUGAUUCUGGCUGCAGGCGCUGUCCAGACACCGCAACUCCUCGAACUCUCCGGCAUCGGAAACGGUUCCUUGCUCCGCGCCCACGGCAUCAAUCCGACCAUCGAAAAUUCCGGAGUGGGUGAGAACCUGCAAGACCACGGGAUUGUCAGCUUCGGGUACGAGGUAGCGGACGGAGUAUCCUCCUUCGACGAGAUGGCGCAUAACCCAAAUGCCGCUACCGCUGCCAUGGCCGCGUAUCAGCAGGACGGCUUCGGUCCACUAGCCAUGGUGCCAUACAUCUGUGCUAACAUGCCGUGCGUUGACCUGCCACGUGCGGAGCGAGCCAGUCUUCUGCCCACGAUUGGCGAAUCUUCUGGACUGGGCCCGAAACAGGCGCAGGUCCUACAACAACUCCUCGAAGACCCGGAUGAGCCCACCUCGCAGUACACGCUCUUGCCCUUCCAGCUCGACCCACGUCAAGGAUCCAAGGGCAUCAAGGCCCUCAUGUCGCCCGCCCACCUGGGGAACUUCAUCACGCUCGUCUCGACGCUAUGCUAUCCGCUGUCGCGGGGGUCGGUGCAUAUCCGCUCCGCUAACCCCAGGGAUCAUCCGGCUCUUGACUAUGGGAUCCUCCGCCACCCCGUUGAUCUUGAGCUACAUGCCCGCCACGCGAUGUGGAUGGAGAAGUUGGCCGCGACGCCGUCGAUGACUGCGGUGCUCAAGGAGAACGGCGUCCGGCUGCAUAGCCCCGAGCCACUCACCGAUCUGGAGCAGGCCAAAACAGUGACGAAAGAGCUGCUGCUCUCUACAUUCCAUCUGGCAGGGACGUGCGCCAUGAUGCCGCCUGAGGACGGGGGCGUGGUCGAUCCCCGCCUGCGCGUGUACGGUACCACGAACAUUCGUGUCGUCGAUGCCAGUAUCUUCCCGUUGGUGCCGCGCGGGAAUAUCCAGGCGACUGUGUUUGCCGUCGCGGAGAAGGCUGCGGAUCUGAUCAAGGAGGAUUUUGAGGGUAAGCCGGUUGGGAUCUAA